AAAUCAAAGAGAGAUAAUCAAUCAGGUUUAGAGCUAUACGAUAAAUAUAUGAUGUCGAUGAGUACAGUUGGUUCUGAAAUUAAUCGUGCGAAAACAGAAUACACAAACGAAGUAAUAAAGCGUGAAAGAAAGACUCAUUCAGUUGUAUCACAAAUAGUUUGUCGUAUUACGGAAGGUUGUUUUGCUUCAUUCAAUGAUUCGUUAAAAAAAUGUGGACCAGGUAUUACGAAAAUGAAAGAGUGGGCACCAUUUGCAGGUGAGGGUAUGCCACCACCUCAAAGCCUAGAUGACUUUCUAGAAGAUCAGGUAUCAUAUCCAAAAUAUGCGUCGUCAGAGAAAGUUUUUGAAUCUUUUGCAUCAAUAUCAGAGAAACAGAUAGCAGCAAUGAACUGUCCAUCUUCAGAAUCCACGUUACCUGAACCUUCUUUACCUAUUAUUGAUGAUGAUCCGGAUAGUAAUAUUCCCACAAGAUAUGUACAGAUGCCGUCAAAAAUUUCACGUGCCAACACUCCAGAAACACCAAAACCAAUACCAGUCAAAUUAUCAGUCAAACCUUCAACGUUUUCUCCAGAAACUAUAUCACCUUUAAGUAGACAAACUAAUCAAAAAUAUAAUAAUGUAAAUAGCUCAAGUUCAUCAUCAUCAACGAUCAGUAGUAUACCUUCACAACCACCUAGCAAUAAAUCUUCUAUCUCAAAUUCGAUCUCAAGGCUCUCUAUCGGUGUUCAUCCUAAUGAUAGUCCGUUUUUACGUGAUGAAAAAGUUGUUGAAGUUGAAGCAAUUGAUUUAUUUACAGAAAACAGAGUUGAAAAGGCAACAUUUAAACCGAACAUAAUUAAAGCAAAGACAGAAUAG